AUGGACAAAUGGCAAGGAAAGACAGCAGUUGUGACUGGAGCAUCAGCAGGAAUUGGUGCUGAAAUUGUCAAAGAUUUAGCAAGAAAUGGAAUUAUUGUUGUUGGACUAGCUCGACGUCCUGAAAUGAUUAAUGAAUUCGCCAAAGAAAUUGAAGGAACUGGAUUUGGAAAAAUUUAUGCCUACAAGUGCGAUAUGUCAAGUCUUGACUCUAUUAAGGAGACAUUUAAGUGGAUUGAAGAUAAGUUUGGUGUUAUUAAUAUUUUAGUGAAUAAUGCUGGAAUUGGAAAAAAGACGACAAUUCUGAACGACAAUCAUGAAGUUGAUAAUCAUUUUGUAGACAUAAUUAAUACAAAUUUUACUGGACUUGUUCAUGUCACCAGGCACGCAUAUUUAUUGAUGAAAAAAUCUGAGGAUUUUUGUAAAAUUAUCAACAUUUGCUCGAUCACUGGACACAAUGUGAUGUCAUUUAUGAAUAAUUUUGAGGGUCAAGAAGCAAAUGUUUAUCAUGGAACCAAGCAUGCUGUAAAAGCAACGACAGAGAUUUUGAGGCAAGAGCUGAUUGCUUUGAAGAAUGAUAAGAUUCGUGUUUCGAGCGUAAGUCCAGGAAUUGUCGAGACUGAUUUCUUUCAUGCUGGAAAGUUCAUAGCUGAGACUGACAAGAUCAAAGAUGUCUCACCAGCGCUGAAUUCUUCAGAUGUGUCAAGUGUCAUUCUUUAUCUUCUUCAAAUUCCAUAUCAUGUGAAUAUUACGGAAGUGAUCAUCAAACCGGUGAUGGAACCUUUUUAGGACUUUUGUGCUAUUUUUUUCUUAGGAAUCAUUCGCUAAUGACGUCCAUUAUUUAGUUGGAUCUUCCUGAAAAUUCGAUUUUUGGAUUUUAAAAAUUCUAUUAUUUGAUUAAUCCCGAAUGGCACAAGUCAGUUAAUCGAUCAGAAAUUCGGCACCAAGCCGUUGUGACUCUAGCAUGAUGCUGGAUUUAAAUCGAAACCUGCACCUUGCCAGAGUCAUACCAGCUUCGCCCCAGAUUUCUAUUCGAUUAACCGAUUGUGCUAUUCGGGAAUGCCAUAAGUGAAUAACCUCAUGUCCGUACGUAAAAUAAAAGAAUUAAAAAGCUAUAAACUUAUCGCAUUGACCUUUAAAGAAUCAUCAAAA